AUCCUUUCUUCUAUAACAAUCAACCGUGAGGAUACAGUACCAAUCGUCUCUCUUUUGUCUUUUUCGUAGAACUCCGACGAAGCUCGAACCUAGCCCUCAGCCUUAUGCCUGUCACCUAUUGUUAUGCUUAGCCUAGUUCUCUCUCCACUUAUUCCGUGUCGAACAAAAGUCUAUGUCAGUUUACGAUACAAACGUUCCCACAACCCUUCCAUCCUGCCUUUUCACUCGUCGUAGAAAUGCCAGUAAGGAAGCUGAGGCCCCGGCUCGUAUCUUCGGCCAACACUACAAAGGAAAUUAAGCAACUGUCAUCCACCACGAUUAAAUUGAACGGCGAAACUCGAAGCCCAAUAAGGAAUGGCGAAGGUACAGCCAGAUCAACGCAAAAAAUCAAAAUUGAGCCUUCAGCUGAAACCCAACCGCUAAAAGGUCCAUCUAGACGAAUACCGAAUGCACCGAAAUCGACCGAAGUAGAGGAGCUUCCCCACAGUCUUGGAAAACGUUUCCGUGCUAACUCGCUGGAACGAUCUGAGGAAUCCCGGACCUCAACCAAGAAAUUGAAGGGGUACAGACCGCAAGUCAACCUUAACGAUGCCGACAAUAACACGUUUAACGACAAUUUGACUGGCAAGGCUGUACAUGAUGGUAGUUUGCAAAUGGAUGCCCCCCCAAAGAAGCAAAAAAAAGGGAAAAAAGAAUCAUCAUAUGGUCACACGCCUGGAGCGACGCCGUUUCCUGACUAUGCACGGCCAACGCCAGAAGAAUGUCGUGAAGUUGUGAAACUUCUUUCCUCAGUUCAUGGGAAAGUCUCAGCACCUCAAAAAAUCCAACAAGGCUCUUUGACCGUCGCUGGCUGUGGAGAAGUCCCUCACGUUUUGGAGGCAUUAAUUCGAACUCGUUUGUCAGCCAACACAAACAACGAGAAUUCUAACCGGGCAUUUCAAGGUAUAGUUAAGACAUUUGGCACCGUUACAGAUCGAGAGGGACGCACCAUGGUAGAUUGGAAUGCUGUUCGCCUGGCACCACAGAGCAGACUCAAAGCCGCUAUUGAGAAAGGUGGGCUUGCAAACAUCAAGAGUGGCGACAUUAAGCGUAUUCUCGACAUGGUCUACGAGGAGAACCAGAAGCGACGCACAGAUCUCCUUUCAUCAAUCACGGGAGCAUCUGGAGAAAAUUUGGAGACAAAACUUGGCAAGGAAAACGAGAUUGCGAUAACAGAAGAUGAUCUGCUGUCUUUGGAUCAUCUACAUCUCUUGCCACAAGAAGAAGCCUUCAAGAAACUGAUCUCCUAUCCCGGAAUAGGCGCAAAGACGGCAUCUUGCGUGCUGCUGUUCUGCCUGCAACGUCCUUCAUUUGCUGUCGACACACACAUCUGGCGUCUUUGUUGUUGGCUUGGCUGGGUUCCUAAGAAUGCGAGCCGAGACCAAACAUUCUCACAUUGCGAGGUUCGGAUACCCGAUGAACUCAAGUAUCCUCUCCACUAUCUGCUGAUCAAGCAUGGCAAGCAAUGUUCGAAGUGUCAAGCGAAGAUUAACAAGGGCAAACAAAAUCCCAACUUGGGAGAUAAUUGUGUUAUUGAACAUCUUGUUGAGCGUUUCAAUCACAAAAACGGCUCACCACGCAAGCCGAAAAGGACGCCGACGAAGAGUGCCAGUCGAGCUAAGUACUCCAGAAUUCAUGACGACAGCGACUUCAGUAGCGAACUGAGUGAUCUUGGCUCGGACUAGACUCAGGAUGUGGACGUUGUGCGCCCCUCGAUCCACUUCGGCAUGAUAGCUCACCGGAAUGGAUGGAACAGAUAGCGGAUCAUUCGUCAAAUCUAAAAGCCUCGCGCUGUGACUUUAACAAGGCUGAAGGAUUCGUCUGGUAAGGCUGCAGACCCUUCUUCAACACCUCGCAUAAGUAGCCGCCCGUGUCUAUUUCAGGUGGGGUCAAGCACGUACGCCUACACUAUUGUAUUAUCACAAAUAUACACAAACAUCGUCCAGCGCUUGCAUGAUAGCAUGGAGGAGAUUUGAUUUUGGCUAGAAGCGCUUGUGGCGAUCUGGAGUGAAAGAAAGGGAGGGGGUUGGUGAUCAAGGAGCAUGGACGGUGCUUUCAGUCCUGUUGUUGACAAGCUCGCACAACGUCACAGGUGAAAACUCAACCUCAUCACAUAGCAAUGUUUUACAUGGAUUUCAUGGAUGUCG